AUGAGUUCUCUUGACACACGAGAUGCCAGAGCUGCUCGACGAGCCCGACGGGAUCAGUCUUCAGCGCAAAACACUUUGGGUCCUUCGCGACUACACUCUGAUGCCAUGCCGAGGAGCCUUGGUGAGCAAGAUACGCAGAAUGCCAAUGACGAGGAGGUGAGCGAAGACGAUACAUGUCCCAUCUGCCGUCUUCUACUCCACGAACCCGUGACUACUACGUGCAACCAUACGCUCUGCAAAUUUUGCAUGGCGCAAUGGGCUUCCGUCUCGCUGGCAGCCCCAAUGACCAUUGUGGACGUCGACGAAGAACCAGUCGAGUUUGACGCUGUAUCCGAGCUCGAGGCGAGAUGUCCAAUGUGCCGAACCAUGACCACUGCGACAGCAAAUCCGGCCCUCGCACAGGAGCUCAAGUCGAGAUAUCCAUUGACGCAUGGCGAGCGAGAGGCAGAGGCACAUGCAGAAGCCGACGGCCUCGGUGGAGAUGCCAUCCACACCAUUACUGUGUACAUUGGCAACCGCCAUACCCGGAUCCCGCCGUCACCAGGUUCCCCGCACAACAUACAUGACUGGACAUUCUUCGUGCGCCCGAGUAGAACCGACAUUGUCGAAGAGGUUCACAUCUUUCUGCAUCCAACCUUUCGACAGAAUCGGGUCGUCAGACAACGCCCUCCCUACCAAAUCUCGCGAGUGGGCUGGGGUAUCUUUACCAUUACCGCAUCUGUUGUCCUCAAAGCGGGCUACUCCUGGGUCUCGGAUGACGCCCAGGACUCUCCGGAUGGCGCAGUCAAGGGCGUGUUGCCCCUCGAGUGGAUGUUGGACUUUGAUGGCUUUGGUGGCAAGGGAAGCAUGGGGAGGUGUCGCCUUAAGGUCAAGAAUGACCGUGACUGGGAUGGUGUUAGUGAAGAAGAGGAACGGGAUCAAAGAGAGUGGGGCAGGAUGAUUCGCCAAUAUGAACGAGAUGGACGAUAUGAACCAUGA